GACGGAUCCCGCCCAUCGCUGCAUUGUCACGACUUUCUCUGUGUAGCCUAUAUGGGUUUCCAAAGUAAUCUUUGCGAAACUGCCUACUCGGAACGAACUGCAGGCCUGUGUUGUUAAGUAACUUAUUUCCGCAUGUACUGGAACUAAGAACAGCUUUUUGGUAUGCCGGUGGCCAGAUCUUGAACAGCGAGCUUUCAGAUGCACGGGGGCAUCACUCAAUCAAAAUAACGUUCGUAUUCAACAAGCGUCGUAAAAGGAAUCGUCACCUUGGUAGUUUCCAGCACCAAAAAUUUUUUUUCCUUCAAGUAUCUUCGAUUUUAAUCACCUCAGGAGGGUCAUCGGACGAACAAUAUAUACCUGUCGUUACAAAUUGGCACGCCAUGCCUCUCAGCCUACUUACUAAGAAGCGUCAUGACCAUGUUCAAAUUCAAGACAAGGUCAAUGCCACUGAAUCGGCGGCGAGAGUCAACAGCAAUGGCCAAAUUGAUGUCAAGUUCCACUCCAAUCCUACUCAAUUAGCAGAGUACUUUGAGCGCUUUGAAGAAGCCUUCGCUCAACGUCCCGAGAGGAGGCCGAAACAAAAACACAAGUUCGAAGACCCAGAGAGGCCUGAAUCAACACCUCGGCUGUGCAUCGCUAUCCAUAUUGUGGGCUCCCGGGGAGACGUCCAACCAUUCAUUCCCAUCGCGCAGCUUCUCAUAGGUUAUGGGCACAGAGUACGGAUAUGUACUCAUCUCAACUUUAAGUCCUUUGUCGAGUCAAAUGGGGUCGAGUUCUUCAGUAUUGGGGGAGACCCAGAAGCUUUGAUGUCUUACAUGGUCAGGAAUCCUGGCCUUCUUCCCAGUAAAGAGUCGAUCAAAGCUGGUGAAAUUGGAAAACGCAAGCGUGAAAUGGCAGAGAUACUUGAAGGUGCAUGGCGGUCCUGCAUAGAGGCGGGAGAUGGGACUACAAGGACUAGAUUGGUGGCCUCGCACGUCAAGGACGUGAAAGACCUGUUCGUGGCUGACGCAAUCAUUGCUAAUCCCCCGAGCAUGGCCCAUAUCCACUGCGCAGAGAAGCUGAAUAUACCACUCCACAUGGUAUUUACGAUGCCAUGGAGCCCAACAAAAGUUUUUCAUCAUCCACUUGCGGCUAUGGAGUAUGACGAAGCAGAUCACAGCGUUGCAAAUUACAUGUCUUUUAUGCUGAUGGAACUGCUGACCUGGGAAGGGCUUGGAGAUAUUAUCAACGACUUUCGGCGAAAAACAUUGAAAUUGGACCCAAUAAGCCCGAUGUGGGGCUAUCAGCUGCUUCCAAGGAUGCGUGUGCCAUACACGUACCUGUGGUCGCAAACCUUGAUUGCAAAGCCGUACGAUUGGGAUGAUCACAUCAAAAUCACCGGUUUCUCUUUUCUUGAACAAGCCAGCACUUAUACGCCGCCUCAAGAUCUUGUAGACUUUCUGAAAGAGGGACCAACGCCCAUCUACAUUGGUUUCGGGUCUAUUGUAAUCGAUGAUCCCGAGGCACUAACCCAGCUGCUCUUGGAAGCUGUGAAACUCGCAGGGGUGCGCGCUAUUGUGUCCAAAGGCUGGGGAGGUGUUGGUAGCGGUGAUAUCCCCAAAAACAUCUAUCUCAUAGGCAAUUGCCCACACGAUUGGCUAUUUAAGCAAGUUUCCGCAGUUGUGCAUCAUGGCGGUGCUGGCACAACAGCAGCUGGUAUUGCUCUUGGACGGCCAACGGUCGUCGUUCCGUUCUUUGGUGACCAACAAUUCUGGGGUCAAAUGAUAGCAAAAGCGGGCGCUGGGCCUGCUCCUGUGCCAUUCAAGAAAAUGACAGCUGAGUCGCUCGCGGAGAGUAUAACGUAUGCACUCAAGCCCGAAGUUAAGAAGGCAGUUCAGGCUAUGGCGGACCAAAUAGCUUCUGAAAAUGGCGCCAGGGAUACUGCAACUGACAUUAACGAGCGCCUUGAUGUCAGUGACUUCAGAUGUGACUUAUUUCCAGACAAACUGGCCGUUUGGCUUCACAAAAAGACCGGGUCGCAGUUGAGUGGCAUGGCCGCCAGUUCCCUCAUACAAAACCACGUUAUCAAAUAUAACGAGCUGAAAGUCCUAAAGAGACGCCAUUGGUACGUCGACGAAGGGGCAGAGCAUCCCAUUAUUGGCAUAAUUGCCACCGGAACGAACUUCAUCAGGGCCAUUGACGGCGCCGUGACUCAUUUCAAACGCCGCGCGAUACGGCCCGAGCUAGUCACGAAUGACCUAGAGAAGUCGAAAAUUCGAAAAGCGAGCGUUGUCCAGAUUGAGCCGGAAGAGUGGCAAGCUGGAGAGGAGAUCACGAAUCGUCAGAUCGAGCAGCUAGCACGAAGGAUUGCGAGGAAGACAAGGAGAGAGCGAGCGUAUGACUCCAUCCGGGCCAAGAUUGACGAAAACCUGGCCGAAGACAGACAUAAGCCGACCGUUCCCUUCUACAAAGAAGAGAAACCGCAUAGCCGCCCAGUGGAGGUCACAAUCGCGACAGGUGAAUUGGUCGGUGAACUUACACUUGCCGUUAUUAGUAUUCCCAUGUGGCUGAUGUACAAUCUUGCAAACGGCUUCCAUAACAUCCCAAGCUAUUCUUUAUGGUCUGUUCCUGUCCGCCGCCGUGACGAGAUCACAGGCUUGGGCACAGGUUUACGAACGGCCGGCAAAGAAUUCAUACUCGGCCAUUGGGAUGCACUUCGAGGGCUUGUAGUAUGGCCCUAUAGGGGAGCAAAACAGGGAGGCGCGAAAGGUUUCGGAAAGGGAGUGUUCCAGGCGUGGAGGGGCUUUAGUACGAAUAUCGGCGCAGCAGUAUUUGGACUGUACGGAUACAGCACGAAGGGAUUAUAUGAGGAGGUGCGCAAGAGACAGCUGACUAGUAUCAAGGCUGAGAUAGCACUCAUAAGAUUGAGGCAGAGUGUGGAGGAUUAUAAAGCUGCAUCGGAGGAAGAGAAGCUGACAGCUGUUAAGCGCUGGAAGUCGCUGCAAUGUAUGGCCUGA